GAGCAGCCACCCUGAACGCAGUCAAUCACGCCGAGCAGCUGCUGCAGACAGUCUCCGUUCAGCUCCAGCAGUUGCCCCGCGGACUGGAGGACCUCGGCCAGAUGCGGGGCGCGCUCAACCGCGUGUACGAGCAGGUGUCCAUCCCCCAGGCCCAUUCGAACUCGUCGGCCGAGGCGCGCCAGCAGGUCGGAGAGGGCGUCGUGAACUUGGCGGCGCAAGUCACGAACCUCGAGGGCCAGGUGAACCAGGUCGGGCAGAUGGUCAUGACGAUUGCCAUGCAGGUGGGCGGGCUGUGCCAG